AUGCUUGUUGAUCUGCAAACUUUUUCUAAGACAAAAAUGAAGAAAGUUUACGGUGAUGAUGAUGAGGACGAAGCCGACCGAGGAUGUGGCUUUGGUGAAAUAAACAGUGACAUGAGAUAUGAGGCACAAACUGAUGAUUCGUCUGCUGGUGGAGCCGCUAGCAUGGCGGCCUACGAUCGAGUCAACGAUCCUCUCCUGAAGCUACCAUUUUCCGUUACCCUAGACUUGAUGAACACACUGGACAUUGACAGAGGAUGGGAAUUAGUAGCGGCGGAAGCAGGAUUUACAUUUGAUCGCAUCCAGCAGCUCGGCUUUAAACUAACUCAGAAUGCCAGUCCUACGCGUUCACUUCUAUGGCAGCUUGGCUCUCUCAACUACACAGUUCAGGAUCUCUAUGAAAUACUGAGACUUGCAAAAAGGGUGAGAGAGAUGCGGACCUUGGAGGCUUAUGUUAAAGAAGGAGGUAUGAAAGGUGCAGCGGUGAAACCGAAAAGUCCUCCAUCAUCUUUGUCUUCACUGCUCACUCAGAUCAAAGAGUCAGACCAGAGAUCCCAAGGGAGGCAAGGAAUGAGUUUGAGUAGUCAAGGAAGUGAGCUUAACUUUAACAAACCAUCAUCCCCUAUAGACAAAGCCAAAGUCAUUCCAUCAAAGAAUUAUGAAGAUAAGGUCAUUCCAGGCACAAAUUCACCCCAGUUUCACCCAUUAAAAGAGGCAAAUGGCAAAAUUUCUAGGAACAUGCCAUCAAAUCCUCACAUUUCCCUGCCAACUGUGUUGCUCCGGACAGAAGGCUACACGUCCUUGCCACCUCUUUGUCAGCCAUUCUCUCAACAGCAAGGACCCAGGACAGAGGGAGUGGAGAAUAUACCACUUAGUAUUCAUCACAGUUUUGCGGCAAACAAGAGCAGCCCAGCUCACAGUGUUGCUGCUUCUAGUUUAAACAGUGAACAGAAGUUGGAUGCUUCUUCUUCAGCAUCAUCAGAUCAUGACAAUCCCGGCAGCAAAGUCUCUUUCAGCUACAGAGAGCUGCUCAAUGCUACUGAUGGGUUUCACAAAAACAAGAUCCUAGGAGAAGGAGCUUUCGGAAAUGUUUAUAAGGGCACCUUGCACCAACAGGAGUGUGCUAUCAAGCGGUUAUAUUCUUCAACAACUGAAAGCAAGAAGUCCGACCAAGUGAAGUCUGAGCUUGCAGCUCUGCUUAAGUAUCGGCAUGAGAAUAUUGUCCCACUGUAUGGAUACGCUGAAAAUGCAUCUGAGCUUUGUCUGGUGUAUCAGUACAUGGUGAAUGGAUCUCUUGAGGAUAGACUGCUACAUAAGAAUGACACACCAUCACUUACCUGGGAGCGACGACUGAAUAUCUUGAUUGGUUCUUGCAAAGGACUUAACUUUCUGCACACAAUGGGAGACCCCCCUCUCAUUCAUGGUGACAUUAAAAGCGCAAACAUUCUUCUUGAUCAGUAUUUGGAGGCCAAGCUGGGAGACUUUGGUCAGGCCAAGUAUGCAACCAGGAGCAGCAGUACAGACACAACUGGCUUCACACACAUCACUGUUGCGGAGACCACCACCAGGUUGUUUGGCACCAAGGCUUACCUGGCUCCAGAGCUGAUCAGCAAUGGCACCCAGUCUGUGAAGUCAGAUAUUUAUGCUUUUGGAGUGAUUUUUAUGGAAGUCUGCAGUGGCUUAAAGGCCUAUGACCAGAGCAGAAAUGUUGGCACAUUUUUGGUAGACUACUUCCGAAAUGAGGUUGCAGACAAAGAAGAAAGUUUGUGGAAGGAACAUUUCCAGGACAGAACUUUGCUUGAUGUGUCUCAUGACAUCUUCAUUCUUGUGUUGAAGCUUGCUUUAAAAUGUGUGAACACAGCCAAGAAAGCUAGGCCUGACACCAAAAAGCUUCUGGGUGAAUUGAAACUUUUGUACAUCAAGAAUCAAGAAAGAAAUGGAGAUGAUGAAACCUGUAGCAGCAUCUCAACUUCUCUUCAAAUAGAUUCUCGUCUCACAAACAGCUCACGUUUCCUGACAAGCAACAUGGAGAGUCAGCUUGAAGACCCAUCUGCUCCUCAUGUGUCUGCACCCGAUCAGCACAUGUACAUACGACAACAGCUGCUCAAUUAUGAACCUGCAUCACAAAAACUGCCUGAUCAGCCCAGACCUCCUGUAAAAGAACCGCUAGUACAGAAGCAGAUAGAUGCGGCUGCUUGCUCAAUAAAUCAUUCACAAACUACAGUGGAUCUGAGAGAUCAUUCAAGUGCAGACAACCCAUCCAAGAGUUUUCCACCAAGUGUACCACUGUCUGUGCCCUUGUUAUUGCAGGAGGCCUAUGACAGGCAACAAGGGAGAGAAAUCAUUGAUAGAUUAUCUGGAGUGUUCAAGAAGGAAGAGGAACGGGAAGUGGAAGAAUACCCUUCUGAUCCUAAGAAGUUGCAGAAAAUUGAUUAUUUUGACAUGGGGCAGCAGAAUAAUAUGCCCUCCAAUUGCAGCGUCUUCCAGAAAGGCAAUCCAGAACCUGAUGGUUUUCCGAAAGCUGAUCCGAAAAAACUGGCCCAGCUGAUGGCUUUUGAAGAAGCUAAUUUUGGGACAGGUGAUCAUUCAGCGAGUGAACCCCACCUGUUUGAAUUGUGA